AUGGAGUCGGCGCCGUUGUUGUCCUCCGUCCCGGGAGCGCGCGACGACUUUCCUAGCAUUCUCUACGGCAAGAAGCUUCUCCUGGCUACCGAGUCCUGGGGCCCGGUCAACGGCGUCAGUCGCACAACCCGCAGUCUUGUCGAGUACCUGCGCAACCACGGCGUGGACCUGCUCCUCGUGGCUCCCGACUUCAAAGGCGAUGCUGCCAAACUGUCCCACGGAGGUGCCGCCUGGGAGCGCCGGCUCCCCGGCUGCGCCUUGCCCUACAACCCAGACCUGACCAUCGUCUACCCAUUCCAUCUGGGGGAUGUCUACCGUCAGGCCUUCCGGCCGGACAUGAUCUACCUCGCCAGCCCCGCCUCCCUGGGCUUUCAGAUGCUGCUGCAGAUCCGCCAGCUACGCGCCCCGCCCCCAGUCCUGCUCAACUUUCAGACCGAUCUGUCCGCCUAUUCGGAGAUCAUGCUCCCUUCGCCGCUAGACCAAUUUGGUGUCUGGUUGCUAGCCACCGUGCAAGGAUUCCUCUUCCGCACACGUGCCGUGCGCACUAUCUUCUAUCCGUGUUCGGCCAUCCGCACCUAUCUCGAGGGCGCCGGAGCUCCGGUAGAUCGACUCAUCCAGCUGGGUCGUGGAGUCGACACGGUUCUAUUUACGCCGGCUCAGCGUGAUGAGGUCUUCCGACGCGAGAUCGCCCCCAAUGGCGAGGUGAUUCUCAUCUGCGUGUGCCGUAUUGCCCCAGAGAAAGGGUUCGAGUUUCUCGCACAGGUCGCGCACCGGUUAUCCGCAGAAAAGGUGCCUUUCAAGCUGUUGGUUGUCGGUGGAAACCGCAACCCUGUGGUUGAGAACAAAGUCAAGUGCCUCUUCGAUGGCGUCCGCAAUCGGGUGGUGUUUACGGGCUUCCUCACUGGGACAGCGCUGGCCCGGGCUUACGCCUCGGCCGACCUUUUUUUGCACUGUUCGAUCACCGAAACAUUUGGCCUGGUCGUCCUGGAGGCGAUGGCCAGCGGUAUUCCCGUCAUUGCACGGGAUCAAGGUGGACCGUCCGAUAUCAUUCGCCAUGGACAAACCGGAUAUCUCGUCCCGCCGCAUGACUUGGAUGAAUUCACGAUUUUGACGCAGAGUAUAGCUCAAGAUACUGAGCGGCGGAGUGUACUGGCUGCUGCCGCGCGCCAGUACGCAGACGACACCACCUGGGAGAAGAUCAAUCGGCAGGCAGCAUGGCAGAUGGCGGAUGCGUUGACAUACACCGACCAAGAGUCGCACGGUCCACGGCCACACCCACCGCACCCGCGGCCGGGGAUCAUUGCGACGGUGAUGGAACAACUCCGUCUGGUGCUGGCGGUGAGCAUUGUGUAUGGGAUGUGGUUGAUUGCCGUGGUGCCGCUGAUCGUCCACGGCCACCGCUUUGUUCCACGCGCCUGGCAGGCCAUGCAGGAUCAAUUUCAAUGUACACGUCCUCUGCGUGGUUAG